AUGUCACAACACAAUGCAAUUCACGGGGCUUGGAACUUUUUUGAUUGUGUUCCAUUCCCAGAGUACGAUGGGAAGAAGUCUGUAGUCUACCGAUCAGACGAUGGCCAGAUCGUGGCGGGAGCUGCGCAAGAGAAGGGAAAGGCAACGCUGGUCUACCCUUGCGAUGAGUUCUUGUCCAUAACAGAAGGGAUUAUUAAAUGUAAUGUCGAAGAUGGGGACAAAUUCAUGGCUAAGAAGGGGGAUGUCGUCUACUUCACCCGUGGGACAAAGGUCAAUUUCGAGUUCAGCCAGGAUUUUCAUAAUUUGGCUGUGUUUAUCUCAACAGAUAGGAAGCCAGUGAGGCUGUUUUAG